AUGGCACUUUACACUAAAUUCGAUAUGAGUUAUCCGUCAUUGUUGUUACUCUGCACAGUUUUUCUACUUGCAAUUCGUACUUUAAGGUGUCACCUAAGCACCAAUCGAUUGCGAAAGGGAUGUCAGCCACCGCGAUCAAUUCCUCAGAAAGACCCAUUCUUUGGUCUUGAUAUAAUCUAUGGCCGCUUCACAGAAACUUAUGAAAAUCAAUCUCGUGAUACAAUCGCCAGAGGUCUCUUUUCAAAAUAUGGCCAUACGUUUCAAUCAUUUCCGUAUGGUGUUUCCGAAAUUGUUACUGAAGCACCGGAACAUGUUAAAGCUAUAUAUGGAACAGAUUUUGAAUCAUUUGGCGUCGGUCCCAUGAGGUCUUUUGGGCUGAAACCUUUGGCAGGCGACGGCUUAAUGUCCACCGACGGUGCAGUGUGGAAGGCUCAUCGUUCUGUGCUCACUCCGAUCUUUGCAAGAGCCACACAUCAUCAACACAUGUUUGAGCAACACGUUGCACGGCUUCUGGCCUUGAUUCCUGAAGAUGGCUCCACUGUUGAUCUACAACCGCUGUUUGACCGCCUAGCACUUGACAGCUCCUCUGAGAUCUUAUUUGGGGAAUCGACAUUAACCCUAUUGCCAGAGACUCCAGCAGAUGCCAUGAGAUUUCUAGACGCUUACAACUACUCUUUACAAGGUGUCGGUAUGAGAAUGGUGUUGCCAUUCUGGGAUUUUCUAUCUCGGGAUCCUAAGUUCUGGUCUUCAUGCAAGGAUGCGCAAGACUUUGUUGAUAAAAUACUCGACAAAGUAAUGGAUAAAGUCGUGUCGACCAGCGAGGAACAAAAAUACUCAGUGGCAUACGGACUAGCAAAUCUAGGUCAAGAUCGAGUGAAGAUUAGAGACGAACUUUUGGGCUUAUUCCUUCCGGUUCACGAUGCCAUCGCGACGCCCCUUACGAACAUGUUCUUUAAUCUAGCACGAAACUCUCAGGCGUGGACGAAGUUGCAAGAGGAGGUAUCAGCUAUCGGACCUGCAGAGCUCACUCCUAAACUUGUGAAGAGUUUAAGUUAUCUCAACUGUGUCAUCAACGAAACAAUGAGACUAUAUCCCGGUGUGAGUGCUAAUGAGCGUAUUGCGCUUCGUGACACAGUUCUUCCGACAGGUGGAGGGCCAAAUGCAACCUCUCCAAUUUUUGUCAAAAAAGGCGUAAAAGUUGUAAUUUGGUUCGCGUCAAUGGCUCGAAGAAAGGAUCUUUGGGGGGAAGAUGCUGAAAUAUGGCGUCCUGAGCGAUGGGAAGGCGAUUUCAAACCUGAUCGUUGGAUAAAUUUAUCCUUUGGGGCUGGACCACGAAUGUGUCCGGCUAGUGAUCUUGGCGUUACACAGAUCGCGAUAACUACCAUCAGGAUCUUGCAAAAGUUCAAGGGUAUCCAAAAUCGUGAUCCGGUGAUGGAAUUUGUGGAUCGUUGGAGAGUAACAACCGUGAGCAAGAACGGCGCCCAGGUUGGAUUAAUACUUUAA